UAGAUAUGUCUCAGCAAUGAUUAAUACUAGAGAUAUUGGUAAGUUAAGAGAAUCGUUAAAAAAUAUCAUUAAGGAACCACGGUCAUUUAUUUUUUAGUUGUCGCUACAACUAGCGUCUUAUGGAUCAUGAAAGAGAUAUAAAUACUUCCGAUUAGAUUUAAUUAGAAUAAAUGUAGAGAAACCUAGAGAAAUACAUCGUCAGCAAUAACGGAAAAACCACUAGUGGGUUUGUAAGCAAAAUGAACAAUAUAUACAUCUAGCCUAGCAAUAAAUAAAAUGGAAAAACAGCUUAUUUUCAGACCUGUUAUCAUUCCCUGAGCCGAUCAAGGAGCACAUGAUGUCGACGCAGGUCUAUUAUGUACAGAGAGAAGGAGGAUUAUUGAUGUUUGUAGUUCAUUGCUUCUGAUAUUCGUGCUAAAAAUAUAUAAAAUAUUGAAACCUGACCAAGUGUGGAUCCUUCUGAAGUUGCCUAGGGGUUUAUGCCUAUAUAAACUCUCUUGAUAUUUAUCAUUUAAUAACUUCCGAAGAAUGAAGAGAAUAUUGGAUUCUAGCGUUAGUCCACAAUCUCCAGGACCCAGUGAAAAACCAAAGCAGAAUUUACUUGCAACGAUAUCAUCUCUGUCAAAUGAAUAUAGAAAUGUUAAAGAAACCGCUCCAUGCUCUGAAAGUGUACUACAGGCGACUUCUUUGUUCCAACUGGACAAUCAUAAUUUUCGUCUAAAUUCUGAAGAUCAAAAUGAAGAUACAGAUUUAAAAGAAGAGUUAAGGCUUAGUUUUUUGAGAUGUAAAAAGAAUCCAGGUCACAAGAAGUUUAUACCGACAGAUUGUUUCACGUUAAAUCACCUCCCGGAAACACUACAAAAUGCUGACAUUUAUGAUUUAAUUAAAAAUAUUUCAAAUCUGACAGUUCAAGUAAUUGUCAGAUAUGUUAGCCAUUGUAGGCCUAACUUUUGGCCCCGAACAACGAGACCUUUUCCAUUUUAUCAGAUGAUUGGUUCAUCAUGUUUAAGAGCUGCAAGUGGUUUUAUUAAUGAAAUUUAUAAAUGUACAAAUAGAAAGUGUCCUUGUCAAAGUUGUCAACAUUCCGACACACCUAGUACAGAGUACUGGGGAAUAUUGUUAAAUACUGCAACUCAUGUUGUGUUCGAUGAAAUGGAGGCUAGACGCACAUCUAUUAUAUUAUACUACGACAGCGAGGAAACUCCGGGGAUCUCUCUUAACAACAUUACUUGUGUUCAUGCCAGUACAGAAACAGAUUUGUGUCAAUUAAAAUGUGUGACAUGUGAUAAAAAUUUAGGAGAUAAACUAUACCAGGAUUGGAAAAAGUUUUAUUUUUCAUGGGAUGAAGUUCACAACAAAUAUAGGGAGUCUAGAGAUGUAGAGAAAGCUUGUUUUAUUGUUUCACAUCCUCAUGGGUGUAGUAAACAGAUCAGUUUUGGUAAAUGGUAUGAAAAAAUCAUGUGUAAUAACGAUUACAAUUGCAGGUUUACCUACAGAACCGCUACAUGCCCUGGCACUAGUGGAGCCAUAGUCUGUGUGUUAGGUUAUGGAAGUGAGUUUUGGAAUCAAAUUCCACACGCUGGAACUACACCUACUUCUAGACUUAACUUCAGUGGAGAAGGAGAAAUCUGGAGUGACGCGUGACGAAAUAAACUAUUUCAUAAACAAAAAAAUGUCAACAAAAA